AUGAGAACGACAAUUGCGUAUGCAGUGCUGGGUCAGAGCGUAGGGUCUAAAAGACCUGCUAAGAGACAGCGCUUGAGUGUUGAUCAGAGGCAAACAGAUGUCUCAGGUGAUGUUUGGCAAGAUGUCAAUCAAGUCUUUGAACAGACGUCGCGAGCGCAAGUCAUAAGUGCUAUUAACUUGUUCCGGGCUCAGUUUCCUGAGUUUGGAUUUCUUCAUCCAGAUGAUCUUGAGUAUCGACAAGAUGAACUCAGUGUAGUCCAGAAGCUUCGACUCCUCGUUAUUGUUGCAGUGUCACAUCGAUACUCGGGAUCUUACACCGCAAAUAUUAACAACAAGAACAUCCUCUUUAUAGCGAACGAGAUGCAGAAGAGGGUGACAAGUGGUCCAAGCCUCGCUCUCAUUCAGACCUUCCUCAUACUAUCGCUCUGCAACUGGGGAGAUGGAGAUGGUUUCAAUGCUUGGAUGCAUUGUGGUAUCGCAACGAGAAUGGCACAGGGCCUACUCAGCACUGGUUUCGCGAGCUGUGGCAAGAGAGAAACUCUGUCAGAGCUUGAAAAGAGAACCUUAUGGACGUGCUUCAAGAUGGACAGACUGUUGAGUUGCGGCAAGAGACGGCAGGCUAUGUUCUCUGAUGGAGACAUGCAUUUCUCGCUACCAGUAAACGACACCCAAUUCCUCUUUGGGCAGAGUCCUCAAGCAGCACCUAUAGAUGACAGUUUGAAGGUCUACGGGCCUGAUGAUCAUCUUGUUCUUCUCAUUCGAGGUUUGCGUAUCUGGUCGAGAGUUCACACGUGGAUCGCUGAAGGCGGGAGAAGACAGCCUGGUAUGACGGAACCAGAGCAGUGCCCGUUCAACGAGACUUCGGACUGGAGUAAGAUGAAACAGGACCUGAUCAAGUGGUGGGAUUCUCAGGAUGCGUUGAUGAAGUAUCCUGCUACAAAGGUAUCGGUGCAUGCCCAGCGAGGACAGGCUGAGAGGUUUGGAUACAUCAACUUGGUCUACUACGUCAGUUUACUCUUUCUCUGCCGAGAAUUCAUCCCCUUCAGCCCAGUAGACGAAGUCAAACCCCGCGGUCCCAUCGAACCACCGCUCCUCAAAGCCCGAGGCCCUGAUUCAUUCUGGCUCCAAAACGUCUUCGAUCUCUACGACGCAGCAUCCCAAAUAUCCUCUCUCCUCUCCGAUCUCGAACACGUCGGCUGUCCCCUCCGCACCCCAUUCUCCGGCCUGUGCGCCUUCUCCUCUACUCUUUGGAGUAUAUACGGCGCAGCCUUUCCCAACUUCAUGGGCUUCACGCCAAGUCAAACCGCAGACGCAGAUGCCCAAGCUGAAAGGACUAUGGCUGUUUUAUAUUAUGACUAG